CCAUCCAAUAAAUAUUAUUGCCGCCGCCGCCGCCGCCACCGUCGCUUAGCAAAUCGCAAUUCGAAAACCGUGACCAGUCGACUGACCGCCUGCUAUUGUUGCAUUAAACAAUCACGAACAUAAACAAUGUCUAAUUUCAACAAAAAGGAAGUUGACAUCAUUUACAACAAAGUGGUGUCUUUAGGUAGUGAUGUUAGUAUCAAACGUAUAUCAGAAGAAGACAUUAAUGUAUUGACAAAUUCCAGACCUACAUAUCAUAGAAGAUUGAUCGGGAAUAGUACUUCAGUAACGACUACUAAUACAAAUUUGGAAAUUAAUUUGAGAAGCAGUAUUUCAAAAAAUACUGGAAAUGCAUCGGAAACAAUUGGUCCUUGUACUUCUAGUACAUCAAUAUACCCCGUAAAAGCACCUCGAAUGGCUACUACUAGUUAUUCUCCAGCACAAGUGGAUAAUUACAGAAAUACUAUUCCAGUGUUUCCUGCUCUAAGACCUAAUAAUACAACAGUUUUUAUUAAAAACGUACAGCACCAACCACAAUUAAAUAUAAAUAUAACAAAUAACACAUAUAAUACCAAUGUAACACUUCCCAGCAAUCAGCCACCCCAGGAUUUAAACUUUUUCUCUUAUUGUGACGCAGACAAUUGUUACAAUAUAGGAACAAUGGUAUGCCAAUUUUGUUAUUUAACAAUAUACUGUAGCGAAGAAUGUCGGCGGAGACAUCGAGAAUUUGGGAAUCAUAAAUGUAAUAUAGUUAAUAACCCCAUUUAAACUCUUUACACUAAAUGGAACUUGUGCUUAUGCUACUCAAAUCGGAUCACAUUUCAAUUUAUUAUUUAUGUUCGCUGCUCAAAGAUGUCACAAAACAUUUUAUUCGAGUACCUAAUCAAUUCCAGACUGAAACCAUACUUGAUAAUAUGAACUACUACGAUUGAUUAUUAUACGAAAAAAUAUGUCUACAAUUCAAUAAAUAGCAACUAAUUGAGUUGUGUGACAUGGGAUGGAAGUU